AUGCCUCCAGUCCGCACCGCACGCGCCUCACGCAAGGCCCCGCCAGAGGGCUUCGAUGACAUUGAAGACACACUCCUGGAGUUUCAGAACAAGAUGAAGGAUGCCGAGAACGCAUCCCACGAGGGCAAGAAGAAGUACGAAAUGACGUGGCCCAUCUUCCAGAUCACCCACCAGCGCUCGCGCUACAUAUACGACCUAUACUACGAGAAAGAGGCUAUCAGCAAGCAGCUAUACGACUACCUGCUCAAGAACGGAUAUGCAGACGCUAUGUUGAUUGCCAAGUGGAAGAAGCAAGGCUACGAGAAGGCAAGUCAACUCCAAUCAGGCAGCUUGCCAACCCAGAUGAAGCUAACUCAGAAACAGCUGUGCUGCACACGCUGCAUUCAGACCAAAGAGACAAACUUCCGAUCGACCUGUAUCUGCCGUGUCCCCAGGGAUCAGCUCACGGAGAACCAGGAAAUCCAAUGCGUAAACUGCGGCUGCAGAGGAUGCGCUUCCAGUGACUGA